AUGUGGAAGAGCAAAAAAGAAAAUGCCAACAAAGCAGAAUACAUGGCUAUCUCUCUUAUGACAUGUAUAAGGAUUCUGCAAUACCUCAAGAAAGUGCUCAUAAAGAGGUUCCUAGCAUAUGAUCAUGACCAUCUUCUAAUUCUAGGAUACAUAGAUGUAGUUUGGCAAGUUCUCCUGUAUAGGCAAACCACAUUGAAAUAUUGUGCUCUUCCAGGAGGAAAUAUAAUAUCUUAUGAGAGCAAAAAACAAACCGUAGUAACCAACUCAAAUCCCAACAAGGUGAGACCAAGAAAAAAGCUUCCAAAAAGUGUUCUAUUUGAAAGAGUCAAGUUGUUAGAUGAACAAGAGGGACAUAAUGUGUUUGGCGGUUUCAGGCCAGUGGCAAAGGCGUCAGAAUUGGAAAAAGCACAUAGAGCAAAAAAGUCUCUUCAACGAAGAGCAAUUUUGAAAGAAGAAAAGAAAGCAGCAGCACUGGCUGCUGGAUUGGAUUGGCAAAGUGAUUCAGAGGAUGAAACUCUGCCGAAGGUAAAACAAGAACCACCGCUGCCAGACUUUCUAAAUGAGCAAGAUCAUCUUCAGUUUACUUUACAUCUCUGCAAAGCAUUGGUUUCUGUGCGACGAUAUUCAGAAGCAUUAGAGCUUAUCAAUUACACUUUGAAAUUAGAGUACAACACAAUUUCUGAUGAAAAAAGAGAGGAAUUUCGAUCAUUGGGUGCACACAUAGCAUAUAGCACAAGAGAUCCAAAACAUGGGUAUGAUUAUGUAAGGUACAUAGUUCAACAGCAUCCCCACAGUGUAGCUGCUUGGAAUUGCUAUAAUAAGGUUAUUUCAAGAUUUGAUUCUCAUUUCGCAAGACAUACUAAAUUUCUUCUCCAUAUGAGAGUGGAACAAAAGGAUUGUGUAAUGCCAAUGGUUAUCCAUGGCAAUCAAUUUACUAUGAUCAGCCAACACCAGGCAGCUGCUGCAGAAUAUUUGGAAGCUUAUAAAGUUCAGCCAGAAAGUCCUUUGAUCAAUUUAUGUGCCGGCACAGCUUUGAUUAACUUAGCACUGGGUUUUAGGCUCCAGAAAAAACAUGAUUGUAUAGCUCAAGGCUUUGCAUUCCUUUACAACUAUCUGGAUAUCAGCAACGAUAGCCAGGAAGCCUUGUAUAACGUAGCUCGAGCAUAUCACCAUGUUGGCCUUGUCACACUGGCUGCUUCAUAUUACGAAAAGGUGCUUGCAAUGCAUGUGAAAGAUUAUCCAAUCCCUAAACUUCCAUACGAAGAUUCAAACCUUGCAGCAAAUAAGAAGCCAGGCCAUUGCAAUCUUCACAGAGAAGCAGCCUAUAAUUUGCAUUUGCUUUACAAGAAGAGCGGGGCUAAGGAUCUUGCUCGACAGGUCCUAAAACGUUAUUGCACACUUUGACAAAUAGAUGUAUCGAGAUGAAUAGAGGUAUAGUUUAUUAGUCGUCUUAUGUAUUGUUUUGGCUAAUAUUUAUUUCAUGCUUGUAAAUUGCACCAGUUUCGUUGUCUUUCGGUUAUAUUCUGCAUAAUCUAUCUUGUAGGUGCCAUUCCUCCUCAGUAUUAUGUACCUAUCUGACUAUCUGAUGUUCUUGCUGUGUAUUUCUUCUCGUUAUCGUGGUACCUACAACACUGAUCAUUGUAAUAUCAUAUGUGCGGUGUUCGUGCCAAGUAAUUCAUCUUA